AUGUCCAGGCAUGCACAACAUCUUAGAGACCAUGAUAUAAAUCCAUGUGUAGCGGAAACAGAUGCCUCUAGAAAAUGUAUGGAUGACAAUAACUAUAAAAAGGAUAUGUGUACUGCUUAUUUUCUGAAGUACAAAAGCUGCAGAAAAUUCUGGCACGACAUUAUGAUGCAAAGGAGAAGAAAUGGUGUGAAACCAGAGAUGCCUGCAGCAGAAGAGAGAAAGAAAAUAUUGGAAUCAAUGGAGAAGCCCUAUUGA